ACCGUGUACGCAUAUGAGUGAGCGCGCAUUUGUGCGUGUUUAAGCGCGUGUGCGGUUACAGCACGAGCGGCGCUGACAUAUCAAAGGGAUCCGUUAACGCUACUGCCGGCGUUCAGAGAUAAUUAUCCCGGUUCGGAUUUACCCGCAACCGCACGCGCCCCCACCAUGUCUACCGGCUCCGAGGUCCACAACCAGGAACCGAACCAGGAGCCCAACCAGGAGCCGAACCAGGAGCAGAAACAAGAGCAGACGGAGGAGAAGGAUGCCGCGAAGGAGGAGAUGAAGGCGGAGGAGAAGGAGGAAAAAAACGAGGAGCCGAAGGAACAGAAAAGGGAGGAAAAGAAAGACGGAAAUAAAGAGGAGAAGAAGGAGUCCUGGAAGGAUUCGAUCUACAACCCGAGGACCGGACAGUUCCUGGGCCGAACCGCCAGCAGCUGGGGUCUCAUCCUUCUCUUCUACCUCAUCUUUUAUGGCUUUUUGGCUGGAAUGUUCUGUCUUACUGUGUGGGUGAUGUUACAGACGCUUGAUGAAAAUGUCCCAAGAUAUCAAGACCGAGUUGCCAAUCCAGGUUUGGUGGUACGUCCUCAUGCCGUUGAAAUCUCUUACAACCGUACCGACCCAACAAACUACAACCAGUACAUCCAACAACUGAAUGACCUCCUGCAGCAAUAUAACGACAGCAUUCAGGACAGCAAUGACUUGUGUCUCGUGGGUGAAUACAAUGAACAGGACAAUGAGCCCAUAAAAAGAGUUUGUCAGUUUAAACGCAGUUUACUUCAUCAGUGCUCGGGUCUCCCUGAUACCAGCUUCGGAUACGCAGAGGGAAAACCCUGCGUCAUUAUCAAGAUGAACCGGGUGGUUGGGUUGAAACCAAAAGGAGAUCCUUACAUCAACUGUACCACAAAGAGAGACACUCCACUCCAGAUGCAGUACUUCCCACCUGACGGCCGUCUGGACAAAAUGUUUUUUCCAUAUUACGGCAAAAAGGCUCAUCCUGGCUACGUUCAGCCUCUUGUAGCCGUGAAGUUGUUGUUACGUAAAGAUGACUACAACUUGGAGCAGACUGUGGAGUGUAAGGUGGAGGGUUCUAACCUGCGAAACAAUGAUGACCGCGAUAAGUACCUGGGUCGAGUCACAUUCCGGGUUAAAGUUUAUCAGUAGUCCAUGGAGCUGUCAUACUGGAUUUACAUAGCAAAUAAAACCCUGGUUCAGGACACUUUUUAACCCAGACCUGAUCUGAUCCCCCUGUCUGAAUCUGGUUCCUCUAAUUCAGAUUCCAAUAAGACAACGAAAUGUGGCUCAAUGAGGAAAAAAAGCUGAUACACUGCCAGAAUACCUUAGACCUCAUCCUGGGUCCAAUUUGUCCGCUUUUUCACUUGGUUCACAUCUGCAGCUCAGCACAAAGUGUAUCUGAUCCAGAUGCUGGGACAGUAUCGGGUCUGGAGCCGAUGUAGAUGUUGGGACUGGGUCAGGUGGAAGCAUGUGAGCCAUGAUGAUUUGUUUUUUUUACAUUUUCCAUGUUUGUGAAAUAAGAGUGCUGUGAUUGCUACUAUAGCAGGGCAGCGCAGAACAAAGCAGCCAGCAAAUAAAAAGUUUACAUGUGAUCCUGUUGUUGUUUACAUUCUGGAAUUCUGCAAUCAGAUGACUUAGUCUCUGCCCAGAAACAGUAGUCUAACAGGAACCUAAUUCAUAAUUUUUCCAGUUUCUGACUUUGUUCUAACUCAGCAUGUAUAGGCGUGCUCUGAGUUGUAACAUGACUACAUGUGCUGAGUAUGUACAUGUUAAAGAAGUAAUGUGUUAUUUCUGUAUUAUUCAUAUUUAUCGAAUUAAACAACAAAAUGAAAUAAUAUAUGUAAGUAUUGUAGUUAAGUAGUUCUUUAGUCUUAUAGUGAAUUAAAAAUAAUAAAAUAAGUGAAAAGUUAAAAUAUCAUCAAUGAGUUAUAUUGUGCUGCCCCCCCACCCACCCACCCACACAUGAACACCACACACACAAGAACCACCGACCCCCACCAACCUGUGUUUGGUAAAGAAAGACAAAGGUAAUCUUGAGUCUGUCAGUUGUGAUGUUUGCCUAAUUUAUUUUUCUUUAUUGUCUUUUUAAAUUAUUUUAUGUAAAUUAGACAUAUGUAUAGACUUAAAUGUGAAUCUACGUGGGAAUGUGAGUGAGAGUGAGUUCCCUCAAAAACAACAAUAGAUUGCAGGGGAUUGUAAAACUGUGUGUGUAAUUUGUAGAGAUCUCCCUGAAUCACUUCUCAGCCCUGUAUCAUACCAGAGUCCUAAGCAAGGCCCUUUCUGUCCUUGUGGAUCAAAGCCACCUCCUGGCUAAUGAUUUCCUGCGCCUUCCAUCUUGGCGUCGGUACAUACUGUGAAAAUGCAAGACUAACAGACACAGCUAUUCCUUUGUCUCUGCAUCCACUGCCCUCUUGAAGAAGUUGCUCUAUUUUCAUUUUUUUUAAUGUAUAUAGCAUAGUGUUUUUAGCUAUUUAUGGUUGUUUGUGUGACUGUGUACCAACUGCUAGUAUUUAUUGGUUGUUGCACAGGGAAUUACCCUCAUUGGACAAUAAAGAUUACUUGACCAUUGAA